AUGUUCCCCCCGCAUGGCCUGCUGGCCGGCGAGCCGGCUCCUUCGGCCCAGGUGCUCCUCGACUGGUGCGCUGAGAACGACAUCGAAGUCUCGCCAGCACUGAGCAUCGAGGAACGUCAUGGUGGCUGGGGUCUCGUCGCGAAGGAGCAGCUCGAGCUGGGCGCAGUGUUAUGCAAGCUCCCGAAGACCUCGAUCCUCUCUAUUCGUAACUCGUCACUUCCCGAGCUGCCACUCGACACACGGCCAGGAACGAGCUACACGAUCCUUGGGCUGACCUUGGCGCUCCUGCACGAGUUCCGCCUGGGCCGCGAGUCCAAGUUCUUUGGCUACCUCCAGAGUCUCUCCCGCGAAACGGUGCCGAUCCCGACUCUGUGGCCUCUGAUCGAGGGUACAGAGAAGGCCGACGCCGAGGAGGCACUCGCCUGGCUGAGGGGUACGGAUGCCGAGCGCGACCUGCGCCGAAGAGAUAAGGAAGGUCUCAGCCUGCCUGCUCUCCGCGAGUUCUAUGACGCUACGAAAUCUCGUCUCCCGGCCACCAAGGCGCACCCCGACCCAUCGCCCUUCGCCGCGUUCGCGUACACAUUCUCCCUCGUCUCGACCCGCGCCUUCCUCAUCGACCUGUACCACACGGUCGCGCUAUGUCCCUUCGCAGACGUCGCGAACCACAGCAGUGCGCCGCACACCUCGCUCGCGUCUGAUGACUUUGUGUGCCACCGCUGCGGCUCGCUCGCGCGCUGCGUGCACGACGUGCCGCACCCGCAGACCGGCAUCGUGGAGCGGCUAGCCCACCUGGACCCGAACGCGCGACAGACAAUAGGCAAGGGCCGGGACACGGUGGACAUGUACGUCGAGUGGCCCCUUCGCAAGGGCCAGGAGGUAUUCAACUCGUACGGCGAGAACAUCCCGGACAGCAGGCUGUUGGUGGAAUGGGGCUUCGUGCCGGGUGCCUUCCCCGACGCAUCCCCUGUGGCGGAGAGCGGUAGCGAGGGCUCGGCGCGCGAGGACGAGCUGCUCGUCGAGGGCGUGACCUGGACUCUCGCCGAGUUGUGUCCCGACAUCGUCGCCGAGGCCUGGGACAAAAUGCAAGAGGACGUGGAGCUGGCGUACGCCUCGCGUUUCGAGCCCUCAGAGGGCUCGCUGCUCUGCGCCUCGUCGCCGAAACCGAUCCACCACAUCAACGCCGGCGGGCAAGCGUCGUUACGACUCUGGGGGCCAGUAUGGCUGGAUGCGCUGCGCGAGGUGCGCAAGCGGCGGAAGAAGAAGGCGCGCUCCAAGACACCGUCCGUCUCCCUCGAUGAGGCGACGGGGGAGGCGCCGAAGGAUGUUGAGCUUCUGCUCCAGGACGUGAGGCAGCUCGAGGACGUGUGGGAGAAGCAGGAGGGCACGCUGAGUGCCGCCAACGCGCGCGCGGCCAGGACGAUGGGCAAGCUCCUCGCGCGCCGGCUAGUCGGCAUGCGCAAGCCCCAGCUCGGCGUUGGCGAACUGUACGAUCUGCGCGAGGAGGCGACGGGCCUCACGGCCAUGGCGCUCACUGUGGUGACGGAUGAGGUGGCGCUGCUCGAGUCGACGCUCGCAAGAUGGGAGGAGCUGGCUGCCACGGCCGAGGCAUAG